CGUGAUAUGACUUCUAGCUCUCUUUCGUACCCAAUUUACUAACCACCUACUUACUAACGUAUCGGAUAAAAAUGUUCGAAAGCGAAGGCGUAACCGCACUCAGGGGUCUACGAGGCAAGCUACUACAGGUACCGGACCUGAGACCGAUUUACCAGAACUGGGCAUCUGGGCUCAAUCCCCAGUGCGAGGAGCUAAGGGCUUUUGUUGACGAGAAGAUAGACAUUUAUGUCAAGAAUGAGAAAGCACGAGUAAAAACAAGGGCAAUAGACCUUGGCUGGUUUACAUCAUUAUGUUAUCCAAGUGCGGAGAUAGAGCAGCUAAAGACGAUGGCUUUGAUGUCUAUGGUCUUCUUCAUUUUCGAUGAUACGAUCGAUAAGGAGAUCGAUGACGAGACGCCAGACUUCGCCUCUGAUUUUGAUGCCGCCACGAAACUUAGGCAAGACUCCGUUGCUUACAUGCGAUACAAACUCUUUCUAGGCAGCAAUAAGCCUAUCCCAGACGCACAGCCGCUUCACGCACCGCAGGAAUUUGCGAGUUUCGAAGAAUUUGCGCCGAGGGUGGUUGCGGCUUGUCCAGGCCAAGUCGACCUUGACAAACUUGCCAAUGACAUUCAGGAAUUCAUCGAUACAAACGCUCUAGAGCAAACAUACCGGCUCUCGGGCUCUCUUCCCAGCACCGAGGAGUAUUGGACGUACCGUCAUGGCGUCGGCGCCGUAUUCCCUUACUGUACGCUGCAUCAGUAUGUAAAUAACAUAAGCUUACCCGAUGGCCUGGCCUGGUGUGAAGAAGUAAGAGUUCUACGCCUAGAAACUAGCUUCCAACCUCUUCUUUGCAACGACUUGUAUUCGUUAAAAAAGGAAAUGAAAGAAGAUACACCAACAAACCUUGUUCCAAUCAUGGUAGCGGAAACGGGAAGGUCGCUAGACGUCAUUGUACAUGAGUUGGUAGAGCAGAUGUAUUCCUCAGCUAGGAAAUUCGACAUUGCCGCGGCCUCUCUUCGAGAAAAGGGACUAGACUACGAUGAAAAUGUGCAGAGGAACAUUGAAAUGUUUAUCAGAGCCUUUGAAACUUUCCAAACCGGAUGUUUCAAGUUCUUCAUGGAUUCGAAGAGGUUUGGCGUAAAGGAGUACAAGCAGAAAGAUGGGAGCUAUGUUAUACCACUGUAAAUGUUACAGGUUAGGUACCCAUCUAUCUAGGUACCUAUGUAGGUAACCAUGAAGAAGUCCUUCAAUGUUGUACAAUCUACUUAUCACAGGAUGGGAAGAUACGAGAAG